AUGAUCCCUCCUUCCAUUGGAAAUGCCACAAAAAUGAUGAACUUCAGUUUGUUUGGGAAUAGAGUCAGCAACAACAUUCCAAAGGAGGUCGGUAAUCUGAGCCAACUUGCAUUUUUGUCCUUGUCAAAUAAUCAAUUAACAGGUUCCAUUCCUGCAACACUGUUUAAUAUCUCGUCGCUACUUGGCGUAUCUUUGUUAUUCAAUAGCCUUUCUGGUCCUCUCUUUCUAGAUGAAGGGAAUAUUGUGUCAAACAUGUACUUUUUAAGUAUAUCUGACAACCAAAUUUCUAGUUGCAUUCCUUCCAACAUAUGCCAACUCACAGAGCUCAAAGUUUUGUCCAUAUCUUACAACCAUAUAACUGGAGACAUACCCAGAAAUGUUGGUUGUUUAUCCAAACUCGGGAAGUUUUAUAUUGGUGAUAAUCUAAUAAAAGGGAUUAUUCCCACUUCAUUCGGAAAUAUUUCCACUCUGCAUAAUCUUUACUGUCGAAACAAUCGCAUAGUGGGGGGAAUUCCUCUGGAAUUAGGGAAGCUAUCAAAUUUGAGGCAAUUAACCUUUGACAAUAAUUCUAAUCUUAUUGGUCAAAUUCCAGAGGCUAUUUUCAACAUAUCUUCUUUGGAAGUGAUUGCUUUCAGUUUCAACAACUUCUCCGGGAGAAUCCCAACCACUACAGGUCGUCAUCUUCCGAACCUUAAAGUACUUGAGUUAGGAGUCAAUCAGCUGGAAGGGGAAAUUCCAUUGUUCAUAACAAAUGCUUCCAAGCUUGAGAAACUGGAGCUAAAUUAUAACUUUAUGAUAGGAACUAUUCCUACUAAUUUAGGAAAUCUUCGUGAGCUGCGAGCACUGCUCCUACAUACUAAUCAACUUACCAAUGAACCAAAAGAGCGUGAGUUGUUAUUCUUCAAUUCUUUGGCAGACUGUAGGAUGUUGCGAUAUCUACAAGUGGGUAACAAUCCGUUGAAUGGCGUUCUGCCCAAUUCAAUUGGGAAUCUUUCAUCUACUAUUCAUAACUUUUAUAUAGGAGAUGCACACAUCAAUGGCUUAUCCCCAAAAGUAUAG